AUGUCUAUCACCCGCACAUUGUUCUUUCUUAGCUAUUAUUUCAGGUCCCACGAAAUCACAGUGACUGAUGUUACUUGUGGCCCAGGCCAUGGAAUAAGCAUUGGAAGCCUUGGGAAAUAUAAGGAAGAAAAGGAUGUGACCGGGAUCAUAGUUAAGAACUGCACCCUGACUAAUACGGAGAACGGUGUGAGAAUCAAAACAUUUCCAGAUUCUCCUUCGCCUAGCACUGCCUCGGGUAUACACUAUGAGGAUAUUAUCAUGGUUAAUGUCAGUAACCCUAUCCUCAUAGACCAAUUGUACUGCCCAUAUACUCAGUGUGAACAAAAGCCUCCGUCAAAAGUUAAGAUCAGCAAUGUUAGCUUCAAGAACAUUAAGGGCUCAUCUUUCACUCCACUUGCAGUCAAGCUUGUAUGUACCACGGGCAUACCGUGUGAGAAUGUGGAGUUGACUGACAUUGAUCUCACCUACGGUGGAAACAAGGGCCCUCUUACCUCUAUGUGUUCUAAUGUCAAGCCCACAAUUACUGGCGUGACAAAGGCUCUUGGUUGUGCUACAUCGUCCUUGGCACCUCUUCCUUUGUCCAAGAAGUAGAAAGUACUAAUUAAUGCUCUCUAUACAGAAAUUGUUGUGUUCUACUUUGCUUUUGUGCUAUAUGUUCUCUCCUUUGUCCAAGAUAAAUGAAUACACAACACAAUUUUCAUCAAAGCCAACAGGAUUUAGAGCCCUCUUAUACCAUUGUUGACCUGUUUGAUCCCAAUUUUCAUCACUGAAAACUUCCCUUGUGAAUUUGGCAGUAACACUGCCUGAUA